AUUCUAGAUGAUCAAGAUUGCAAUCUUUCUAUUAUUCGCAUCCUGCGCUGCAGCAGCUGGAGGCCAUAGGCGAUGGGGACCACCAAGAUGUGGUUUGCCAUCAUUCACUGAUCGUUUACCCGAAGAUGCUCAAGCAAAAAUCAAAAAAAUCUGGGAAAAUUACGAAGAUGGAAAAGGAUGUGAUGAAGAGCACGAAAAGACCAAGGAAGUGCUCGACGAACUACCAGCAGAUGUACGAAGGAAGGCUAUCCGCAGAGGACCUGCUUUCCUCAACGGUGUAUCCGAUGAGGUUCGCGCGCAAUUCGAUGCUCUCUGGAAGAACCACACGAUUCCAAGAGACGAGAAACCAGAGAAGUUCAAGGAACUGGCUGAGAAGCUUUUGAAUGCCGAACAACUGAAAGAGUUCAACAAAUUCCACGCAGCUCUAGAGAAGCGACGUGAGGAAUUCCAGAAGAAGCUGAAGGAACUGUCACCUGAAGCUCGUGCUGCACAUGAAAAACUCGCUAAGCUUAGGGAGGAAAGACACAAGAUCUUUAUGGAGGCAAGCGAGAGUGUAAGAGACGAACUCAGCAAACUCUAUCACGAUGACCGAAGAAGAAAUAGGGCACGCGAUCAGGAUUGAAUAUUUUGAUGAAUAAUGAUUUCUUAAUUAAGCAUACCGGUCACUGUAACACGAUCAAUGUACCUCAAGGUGUCUUCAGCAUAAAGUGAUUUUGAA